AUGUCGAGAAUUUAUAUAUAUGGUGUGGAUUUGAACGAUGAUGAAUUACAAACACUUCCGUGGAUUGGUUUAUUAAUUGGUUUCAGGAAAGCAGGUGACCAUGUGCUCGUUUGGCUUUACAGUCUUCACAUGGGGGAUUUAACUAUUUAGAAUUAUCGUUUAGCUAUAAAAUGGGUGCAGUUGUCUAAAACGUGGAUAGUUUUCGCUCGAAAUUCACAUGAACAAAAACUGUCUUCAACAUUCUGCUCUGUCGAGCGAGAUGUCCCAAAUUUAGAAUAUUUACCCUUAGAGUUAUAAAGCACUUAUUAAAAAUAGGACUUUUAUAACGUGUUUCCAGUUGUCACGUAGGAGCUUCGUGUGCUUUUGACUACAUACUAUACCUCAAACAUGUUUUGAAUUUAGGAAGAGGGAAAAAGAAAGUUAUCUGAAGCAGUGAAAUGUACAAAAGAACAAUGUGAAAGAACAGCUGCGGCACAUUUAGCUGAAGUGGAGAGAAAACAUAAGGAAGAAAUAACAGAAUUAAAAGCAAGGUAGUAUUCCUCUCCUUCCGUAUUAAACGUAAGACCCGUUUACGCUAUGCCCAACUUGGCACGGUACGGAUAAAAAUGGUACUCGUACCAUUAGUCUACCAUUACUAGGGCUACAUAAAUAGAUACAUUAAAGUAAGGUACAUUAUUUAACUUGCAUGAACCCAUUAAGUUGCAUUGCACCCUAGUGCACCCUAUUAUUUUACUCUGUCUAACGCCAGACGAUAUUUAAUCGUCAAGGGGAGAGCGCUGGCUCUCAAAGUUUCAAUGGGCUAAUCAGACUAUCUGUUCUUGUGUCUACCUGUAGUUAACAAAUUGAGUUGUAAUGAACACUAGAAGAUGCGCCAUAUACUUUAUUAUUUUACUCUAACGCCGAAUUUACUCUUAGACUGUCUAACGCCCAUUAAGAGGAGAGUGCUGAUGCUUGAGCAAUGGGUUAAAAUAAAACACUUUAAGUGCAAAACAGAUUUAUAGAUAGCUAUAGCUUUCAGAUACAGUAGUUUGACUGUGUUUUUCAUGAUUAUAAUCUUCCUGGUUCGCAGGUUAAAAGAUCUCACAUCUAACUUUCAAAGGCAGAAAGACGAAAAGGAAGAGUACCAAAAUCUUUUCACAGUAAGUACAGUGUGAGGUUGUUUUUACAUCUAUUAAAAGUAAGUUUUAUUCUUUUAAAACAUGUUGAAUUUCAUUAGCAUACCCCAGGGUUUAAGUGACUUGCUAUGAACAAGCAGUUGGAGUGUUUAACUUUUACUAUAACUAUAAAGGACUGACUGACUGAAUUACUAACUAACUAACUAGCUAACUAACUAACUAACUAACUAACUAACUAACUAACUAACUAACUAACUAACUAACUAACUAACUAACUAACUAACUAACUAACUAACUAACUAACUAACUAACUAACUUGUUAACUGGUAGUGUGAGUUAUGUAGCAGGCUUCGGAAUUGGCACAGUUAUACAGCACAAUUUAGCAGCACAAUUUUGUGUUUUUAGGAACUGAGGGAAGACUACAAGCGCUUUCAAAACUACACACAAGGAUUUUGUUCAGAUUAUCUUAUGAAUUAA